CAAAUUAAUGGCGUAGUUGGUUGGUGAGAGAGUUCGAUUCCAUAUUUCCAUCCAUACAAUGAUUCAAACCCCGUGGCAUGACCAUACCCGCCAAACCCCAUCGCUACCCAACCUUUAACCACCUCCACCUCCACCUCCAAACCCAGCCAAAUUCCUACAAUGGAGGAAGGAUCCCACACCAUUCAAGUCAGCGGCAUGCAAUUCUCCUACGACGCCGCUUCCCCUAUCUUCUUCGAUUUCAAUCUCAACGUAUCUCCCGGAUCCUGCUGCCUCCUCGUCGGCGCCAAUGGAUCUGGAAAGACGACUCUGCUGCGGAUACUGGCGGGGAAGCACAUGGUUGGCGGCCGUGAUGUGGUGAGAGUGCUCAAUCGCUCCGCCUUUCACGACACUGAUCUCGUUUGCAACGGUGAUUUGGCCUAUUUGGGGGAAUCCUGGAGCAAGACUGUCAGCUCUGCUGGGGACCUUCCGCUUCAAGGGGACUUCUCAGCCGAACAUAUGAUCUUUGGAGUUGAAGGUGUUGACCCUGUUAGGCGGGAUAUGCUGAUCGAACUUUUGGAUAUUAAUCUUGAGUGGCGAAUGCACAAAGUUUCUGAUGGCCAAAGGCGUCGCGUGCAAAUUUGCAUGGGUCUUCUUCAUCCUUAUAAGGUACUUUUGCUAGAUGAAGUCACUGUCGAUCUAGAUGUUGUGGCUAGGAUGGAUUUGCUGGAAUUUUUCAGGGAAGAGUGUCAGAAGAGAGGAGCAACAAUUGUUUAUACAACUCAUAUUUUUGAUGGACUCGAGACAUGGGCAACUGAUCUUGUGUAUGUUCAAGAUGGUACAUUGAGGAAGUCUGAGAAGAUGGCCGCGCUCAAUGAACUGAAGCAUAACCCAAAUUUACUCUCUGUUGUUGAGUCAUGGCUAAGGUCUGAAACAAAGAUUGAGAAGAAGAAGCCAAUUAACUCCCCAUCCCCGCUCAAAACAUCUUCUCCAUUCGAUGCUUCUCCUUUUAGGUCUACAAGGCAUAUGGCGUAUUACCGUUGAGCUACAUACAUUUCAGGUGAAAUUCUAAUUCAUCAUCCAGUAAGAUAAUUAGAUGCCCCCAUAUUUAUUUAGCGAAGCUCUCUCGUUCUUUCAGAGGCACCGCAUAGCAACAUUUCCUUUACCUUAUAUUCUGCUGCCUCUUCUUAAAAAUGUACUUCUAUUGUUUUGAUUCAUAGAGAUCUUAUAGAUAUCAGGCCUCUGUUUAUUUCAGAUUUUUUUUGUUGUUGAUUUGUUUGGGGAAACUACCCUUGCAACACUGGUUAUACAUAUAGAUAUUAAUUAUGUUUGUGUUUUUUUGUGAAA